AUGGCCCACCCGGAGGGAAUGCUCGACUUCCUGAUGGAAAAAUAUCCGGAAUUAUAUAGGAAAGUCGUCGAAGAAGUGACGAAUUCAUCAAGACCCUUCUCAAGGGCAUCUUCACAAGGCGCCACUACGAGCUCCUCCUCCUCGCAAGAGGAAAUGGAGCUCGAUUCGCCGCUCUCCCCCGACGCCGAUGAAGGCGGCUUGUUCACCCAAGUGGUGAACAAGAAGAAGUGCAAGCGCAAAAAGCGCUCUUCGCAGCCGUCCUCAGCGGCUCCGUCCCCCGUUCCGCCAGUCAAGGCGCCAAGGCCGACCGAAUCGGCCAUAGCCGGGCCCUCAAGGCCCACUCCCCCGACUCCAUCGCCUUCAGCGAAACAAACCCCGGUUGCUUCUCAACCAACCCCCGCGCCUCCCGCAGCCCCACGUGCGCCGCAGGACAAGCGCCCACCCCCACUCUUCAUUCGAGACACUGAAAAGUGGCCGAUGGAGGCUAUCUCCGCCCUUUCUAACAGGCUAAAAUUUGUAGCCACAACAACCGCACAAGGCAUCAAGCUUCAGCUUGAAACUGCCGACGCCCACCGUCAAGUUUCCAAAUUUUUAGGGGCAAAACAGGUGUUCUACCACACCUAUACGCUGGCCGAGGAUCGUAUCCUACGCGCCUUCAUAAAGCGUAUACCCUCCAACAUUCCCACCGAAACGGUGCUAGACUCCCUUAAGGAGCAAAACCUCCCCGUUCAUGCGGUCCACCGCACGAAAAGUAGGCGUAAACGCACCCCAAUAGACAUGGUCAUGGUCCACCUAGACCUCUCCCCAGAAGAGGAAGCCAUUUUUAAUAUCGAGUCAGUCAUAGGACUGACCAACAUAGUUAUCGAACCCCCGCACAAGGCCACCCUCCCGGGACAGUGCCAUAAGUGCCAAAAUUACGGGCACGCCGCCCGUAACUGCUUUGCCAAGCCCAGGUGCGUAAAGUGCCUAGGCGACCACGGCACCCCGGAUUGUCCCAGACCAAGGGACAAGGCCCUUCUGGCCAACUACGGUCCACCCGCAUGCGUCCUCUGCCAGCAACACGAAGGCAGCCAAUUCCAACGGCCGCCUCAUUCCCUCCUCUUCGCCCCGCGUGGCAGAACCCCAUGGCCCCCGCUUGGGCCAAACCGAAUCCGCCACUCGCGGAACCCAAACCAGCCCCCGAACCGGCGCUUAUCCCAUCACCACCAAAAGCGGCCGGGGGCAACCCCCUGGACUCGC